AUUCUUGUGGAUCAUUGAAGUAAAGGGAGAGUUAGUGAUGUCAAUGGCUACUUCAAGAAUGAUAUUUCUCUCUUGCGCCAUUUUCAUACUACUCUUUGCUCCCACUACCACUGCCAAGCCAAAUUACCAAUACUGUGCUGUUACUGGUAAUUAUACCAAAAAAAGCACUUACGAAUCGAACCUCAAUCGAGUCCUCUCCUCCAUCAACUCUGACACCAAAAUCACAUAUGGAUUUUACAAUUUCUCUUUAGGCGAACACCCUGACGAAGUUCACGCAGUUGGACUCUGUAGAGGAGAUCUUAAGCCCGAUAUCUGUCGUAGUUGCAUACGUAACUCCAUCACAGAAAUCACAAACCUGUGUCCAACCCAGAAGGAGGCCAUUGUAUGGUAUGACAAUUGUCUGUUUAGGUACUCCGACCGUCACAUCUUUGGCAGUUUGGAAACUGGACCUUACUUUUGGAUGUAUAACUUGAAUAAUGUCUCAAACCCUAGAGAGUUCAAUCAGGCAGUGGCCGCCAUAUUGGGUAAGCUCACGAAUCAAGCUGCAUCUGGUGAUUCUCGUCUUAAGUUUGCAACAGCUAGUACAACCACAGCAAGCUCACAGACUAUAUUUGCACUUGUUCAGUGCACUCCUGAUUUGUCCACGAAAGCUUGUCGCGAGUGCUUGACUAAUACCACAAGAUUGCUCCCAAAAUGUUGUGAUGGGAGGCAAGGUGGGAGAGUUAUGGCUCCAAGCUGUAACUUCUGGUAUGAGAAGGACAAAUUCUAUAACUAAAUUGCAGCAGAUAUAAAUACUUGAAUGUCCAUAUGAGCAUUCAACUGUACUAGCAUGUACCUUAAAUAAAACAGUUGAAUCUAAUAAAGGUCGCAACAAUUCCAUGAAAAGUUUUACUA